UUAUAGAUCAAUGGAAAUCAUUUGAUAUAUAUUAUGUUAAGAAAGAUCUUAAAAUAAUUUAAAUGGUAACAAUAUAAAAAUUAUACUUCGUAGAUCGGUGAUGAAAUAUGGUUGAAAUCAAAAUACUCUAGUUGGUUUCUUAACAUACUUAGGAGGAGAUUUAAAGAAGAGUAGAAGAAGAAAUAGUGCGAAAGUAUAAAAUUUCGCGCCAAAUCCAAGCCAAGAUUCAGAUUCACUGUCAAAAUAUCAAAAUAAUCAUCACAGAAUAUAGGUAUAAUAACAGACACAACAAGAAAGUUAUAUAGUAAAGUGGUGGUAUACGUAUUUUUAUUAAUAUUAAUUAAUAUAAAACUGUAAAAUAUGGUCCAGAAGGAACAACAAAAAGUUAACUUGCCGUGGGUUGAAAAGUAUCGUCCCAGUAGUCUUGAUGAUUUGGUAUCCCAUGAAGAUAUUAUAAAAACAGUUAGCAAAUUUAUUCGAGAAGAUCAAGUGCCUCAUUUGUUAUUCUAUGGACCUCCUGGUACUGGUAAAACAAGUACAAUUCUAGCAUGUGCCAGACAACUAUAUACUCCAGCACAAUUUUCUUCAAUGGUUUUAGAAUUAAAUGCAUCAGAUGACAGGGGAAUAGGAAUUGUUAGAGGACAAAUAUUGACAUUUGCUAGUACAAGAACAAUAUUUAAGUCCGGCUUUAAGCUAAUCAUAUUAGAUGAAGCUGAUGCAAUGACCAUGGAUGCACAGAAUGCCCUUCGUAGGAUAAUUGAAAAAUACACAGAAAAUGUCAGAUUUUGUAUAAUUUGUAAUUAUUUAAGCAAGAUAAUACCGGCCCUACAGUCUCGUUGCACAAGAUUCAGAUUCGGUCCAUUGUCUCCAGAUCAAAUUUUACCAAGAUUAAACUACGUUGUCGAUGAAGAAAAGGUAACUAUUACAGAAGAUGGUAAGAAAGCUUUACUGACGUUGGCAAAUGGAGAUAUGAGAAAAGUUUUAAACGUAUUACAAAGCACGUGGUUAGCUUAUAAAAAUGUCACGGAAGAUAAUGUUUAUACUUGUGUGGGUCAUCCUUUGCGGACGGAUAUUGAAAACAUCGUUAAGUGGUUGCUGAAUGAAGAUUUCCAAACUACUUACAAAAAUAUUAAAGAGUUAAAAAUGAUUAAAGGCCUUGCCCUUCACGAUAUACUUACCGAAGUUCACAAAUAUGUUCACAGAAUUGAAUUUCCAUUUAAUGUGCUGAUAGAUCUUCUUGAAAAGAUGUCAGAAAUUGAGAAUCGUCUAUGUGCUGGUGCAAGUGAAAAUAUUCAGCUGACUGCAUUGAUCUCGGCAUUCCAGAAUGUUAAAGAUAUUACACCUCCGGAAUCUUCGUAAUGAAACUUUUACA